AUGACAAGAUGGAGAGUGAUUGAGUGCACUUGUCUACACGUACUAGCUGCCGAGGAGGCCUAUCACAAUUGGCGAGCACUGCAUACUCCACAGAGGUUUAGCUCGACGCUAACAUUAUUGAUUCAUUUUCUCACCUCACUACUCGGUCUCAUAAGCAGUUGUGCUCUCGUGAGGGAAACUUACCUGCAUCGAGAAAAUCAUAGCCGAGGAGCUAAGCUGGAACAAUACCUGAACCGAGUCGAGGAGCUGAGAGAAGCAUAUCCGAUUAUUUCAUUUCAUCAAAUCAACACAUCAUUUUCUCACCUCUCAACUCGAGGAGUCAAAGGCAGUAUCUACACCUGAGAGAAAUC